UACAGAAUCGGAGUGCAAGGGAGGGAACGUUCUCAGUAGAGGAGAAGAAAAGCAUCGUUGCGUCAUUGGCGCCUUUACUGUGAUAUCCCUCACUACUGUUUUAUCGGACAACAACUGUAAUUUAUAGAAACAUUUCAUUUCCUUACGCCACUAUGGACUGUCGGAAAGAAGGGUGCGCUCAGCCACAGGACGAGGACAUCAUGGAUAUCCCCCUUGACGACCCAGCUGCUAACAAGGCUGCCACUAAGAUCCAGGCCGGCUUCCGAGGUCACAUGACCAGGAAGAAGAUGAAGGACGACAAACCACGGGAAGAGAAACAAAGGGACCAGAAGUAGCCAGAGAAAAUGGCCGCCCUGGCGGUGCCGCUUUCCCUGAGCAUGGCGGAGUAAGCACGUCACUGCAAUAACCAGAGGUCCUUUUUUCUUCUUCUUCUUCUUCUUUUUCUUCUUUUGUCGAAGAGCAACCUUCAGUGUAUGAUACAUAUACAAGUGUAAACUUAGAAACUAGGUCUGGAGCCUGACCUCAGAUCAGUGACCUUUUACUCUUCCUUUGCUUCCACUAUAGCCUGGACAGCAGUCUGCGACACACAAUAGCCUCUCAGCAUGUUAAAUAGCUUCUACACAAGGUCAAUUUAGAAUUAGGGGGUUUGGUGUGAUUGUUUAGAAACAUUUUCAAAAGAUUUUUGGUUUAAGGCAUGAUGUCUGUUGCAUCUGUCAGAACAGGCUAAAAUGCAUUUACUGAUUUUUUUCUCAGUUUGAUUUUUCUUUUUUGUGCUCACCUCCCUGCCUGUAUUCUUAUAAUAUGAGAGUAUGCAUUUAUUACAAGACAGACCAUUGCCUUUUUUAGUGUGACUUUGUUCUGCCUGUUUAAUAAAGCAAAAUGGGGUUGGA